CUACCACCCUCUCCAUGUUUUCAGAGAUAAAUUUCAGCACCAAAAACUAUACGCAUGCAAAACAUUCAAUCUCACCCCUCACUGCGUGUGUUUGUGUGUGUGAUUUUCUUGUUUGACUCUUUGUUUAUCUCUUUCUUUGUAACAUAUAUGCAUUUGCUUGCACGCAUAUUCAUGCACCAUCCAUAUGAUUGGCUGAUUGCUAGGGCAACGUAACUCCCUUUUCGUGGGGCUUAUUAUUAUAAAUUAAUAAACAAACCCACCCUUCACCCCAUCCCAUAUUCAUACAUACAUCUCUCAGUCAAUCUUGAAUCAAAAUGGAGGGUUCUGGUGAUCAUCAUCAUCAAAGUGUUAAUAAUGGGAAUAUUGGAGGGUCGAGAUGGAACCCCACAAAGGAGCAAAUCAACAUGCUUGAAGGGUUGUACAGACAGGGUUUAAGGACUCCAACUGCUGAACAGAUUCAGCAGAUCACUGCUCGGCUGAGAGCUUUUGGGCACAUUGAGGGCAAGAAUGUGUUCUAUUGGUUUCAGAAUCACAAGGCCAGACAGAGGCAGAAGCAGAAGCAGGACAGUUUUGCUUAUUUCAAUCGCUUUCUCCAUCACCCGACUCCACCGCUACUCUUCCCAUCUUAUCGCAAUGUUGUAUGCAGUCCAUGUUACAUACCUGGAGGAAAGAAUGAUCUAGGGUUCUAUCCACAAUACCCAAAGGUACCACUACCUGCAGCAGGAGCAAGCGCCAAGAGGUCUAAACUAAUCCCAGAAAGCAAUACCAGCAUUGACAAAAACCACCAGAGGUACAGCAAACCAAUGCACCACACCACAAGCAAAAAUGAUCAUGAUCAGUUCAUAUCCAGCAGCAGUCAUCAUCAAGAAACACUGGAAUUAUUCCCAAUCCACCCCACUGGAAUUCUGCACGCAAGAACUGGGAAUGAGAGUGAAAACAACAUGAUCUCUACUUCUGCUUAUAAUACUCCAACUUCUUCAUCUGAAGACAAUAAUUAUGGCAGUGCUGAUCAUGAUCAUGAUCAUGGCCAUCCCUUUUUUGAUUUCUUCUGUAGGAAUUAAAAUUUUCAAAAAAAAGAAAAAAGAAAAAAAAUAUUGCAGUUAUGAUCAGAAAUAGUCACUGAAUUCUAGGGUUUUCAGAGGGCUGACAGGAUCUUUGGUUGUGGGUUUUGAGAUUGAAUUUCUUUUUCUUGACUGAAGAUUUGAGGGUUUAGGGUUUUUUCUUUUUUGCUGUUUUUGGGGGGGUGAGAGUACUGACACAUGGGGUUGCUUUUCUCUUUUGGUCAUGGACAAAAAUGCUGUUUCUGUGUGUUGUAGAGAUGACUAAUGCGCUGCUUUAAUAUUUCAAUGUUAUUAAUUCCAAGAAUUCAGUUUUUUUUUUCUUUUAAA